AUGGAACUUACUGCUGGUGUUCCACAAGGUGGCGUCUUAUCUCCUUUGCUAUUUUCUGUAUUCAUCAUUAAUGUUUCUCGUGUUAUCACUUCUCCCUUCCAUUUGUAUGCAGAUGACUUACAAAUAUACAGACACUUCAAGUUGACUGAGCUGCAUGAGGCUAUUGAAACUUUAAAUAGCGACCUUGCUGCAGUUCAGGUCUGGGCUAAAUCUUUUGGGUUGUUGGUCAAUCCUGCUAAAUCACAAGCUAUUAUUAUUGGAAGUAGUCGAUUGAGGAGCAGCCCCAAAGGAUGUCCCCAAGGAGGGGUGUUAUCGCCCUUGCUAUGGAACCUUGUAGUAAACGAUCUAAUAUCCUUGCUAAACGACAACAGAUAUUACACAAUAGGCUAUGCCGACGACCUGGUUAUACUCGUGACGGGCAAGUUCACAAGUACACUUUGUGAACUAACUCAGACUGCCCUGCUAUUAGUAGAGAGAUGGUGCGAGGAGCAUAACCUAUCGAUAAACCCGAACAAAACAGAAUUAGUGAUGUUCACGAACAAACGAGACCUGGGGAAUUACACUCUACCUAAACUCUUUAUUUCAACCCUGAAUCUAACCUCAGAGGUAAAGUAUUUAGGUGUAAUACUAGAUAAUAAACUAAGCUGGUCCAAACACAUAGAAAAUAAAUUAAACAAAGCCAGCAUCAUCUUCUGGCAAUGCCGCAGGAUGAUAGGCAAGAGCUGGGGACUUACACCGAAACUGACCCUAUGGCUCUAUACUGCGGUCAUUAGACCGAUGAUCAGCUAUGGAGCUGUGGUGUGGUGGCGUAGAACACUCCUCACCACAACGCAAUCCAAGCUACAAAGCUGGCAGAGGUUGGUGUGCAUGGCAAUCACGGGCGGCAUGAGAACCACACCAACAACAGCAAUGGAGGCCAUGCUAAAUAUUCUGCCACUUCACCUAUUUAUCCAACAAGAAGCUGCAACCACUGCAGUAAGACUAAAGACUCACAAACUACUGUGUUCAACAGGCACACCACACAUUAAGAUUCUGGAAGACAUAGCCAAAGACAUUCCGUUCAUGGAAGCACCAAAUGACGGAAUACAGAUCAAAUAUAUUUUUGAUAAAAAAUACAAAAUACAGCUGGAAGAGGAUUCACGUGUAGCCUCAAUUGGGCGAGACCUGAGUAUCUUCACGGAUGGCUCAAAAACGAAAACAGGGUCAGGAAGCGGUAUCUUCUCCGAAGACCUAAAUAUUAAUAUAUCACUACCCAUUGGUACCUAUAGCACAGUGUUUCAAGCAGAGUGCUUGGGUAUACUUGAGGCAGCCAGAACAAUUGGGAGGAGGAACGUAAAGGAUUCCCACAUCCGUAUACUAUCGGACAGCAUGUCAGUAUUACAGGCACUGGAUAGUAACUCGACCACGUCAGGUAUAAUCUAUGAAUGCCAUAACACCCUGAUGCAGGUAGGUGAAAAUAAUGACAUCACACUGCAAUGGAUCAAAGGUCACAACAACACACGCGGUAACGACAAGGCAGAUGAGCUAGCAAGAAGGGGGUCAAGUAUGACGGCUAUAGGGGCCGAACCGAUUAUACCGUUACCUUCUUGCUGGCUCAAAGGCCAAAUUCGACAACGCAUGAAACACAAACAUAUCACACUAUGGUCCGAAAUUGAGGACUGUAGACAAGCCAAGUUGGCGCUGCCAGAAAUUGAUACCAAAUUGGCAAGAAUUCUAAUAAAUCUGGACAGACGCCAACUGAGACUAAUAACUGCGGCACUGACUGGACACGGUCCGUAUAAUAAACACCUAUUUAAUAUGGGCAUUACCGACAGUCCCCUGUGCAGAGCUUGCAUGGGAACAGAAGAAACGGCUACGCAUGUACUUCUUUACUGUCCAGGUGUAGCGGCUUACCGGGCACAACAUCUUGGCACCCUGAAGACACUUCCGGAGAUCUUCAAGAAGCCAAAAAAGCUUCUGAAGUUUCUGGAGGAGCUUGGGUGGCAAGAGUGA